AUGUCCACGUCGGGCCUCUUGUCUGCCAUGCGCGGCGCCGGCCGCCAGCACAUCACCGUUUCCACCCUCCGCACGGCACCGGCAGCCGGCUCUCACGUCUUCCGGAUCGAGGAGUUCACGCGACUCAGGGAGAAGACGGCCAAUGGCGUCGCCGUCUUGUCAAGCCCGUUUGCCGUCGGCGGCCACGAGUGGCGUAUCAGGUGCUUCCCGAACGGCAGAAUCAAAGAUUCGGUGGGCCAUGUCUCCCUCCACCUCCAGCACGACAGCCACGCCAAGACUGGCGACGUCACGGCGACGUACAAGAUGAGCAUACUCGACAAGUCCUGGGAGCCGUCGUGCACCCAAAUAAUGGAGAAUCACCGCUUCGAGACAGACGAUGGUUACUGGGGCUGGAGAAAGUUCAUGAAACACAAAGAUCUUGACCUUGACAGAGAGAAGUACCUCAAGGAUGACUGCCUCUCCGUCCUCUGCGAUGUCACAGUCGACGAUGAGGUUGCGGCGCCCGAGCAACUCAAUCCGGAACCAGCGCCUAUGGAGCCUCCUCAUGGAUUACAUCUCGCGGAAGCAGCGGACGUGAUGAUCCACCUCGGCGACGGGCAGAGGAUCGGAGCGCACCGGUUCAUCUACACCGACUCACCGCCGGCGCAGCUCGAGGAGGCACCGGCAACGACCGUGGAGCAGCUGCUCAUGGCGGCGGACAGGUACGAACUGAAGAAGUUGAGGGCCGCCUGCGAGGAGGCGCUGUGCAAGAAGAUCGACGUGAGCUCCGUGGCCACCGCCCUGGCGCUGGACGAGCGGUACGGCUGCCCGGCACUGAGGAAGGCGUGCAUGCGCGUCCUCUCUUCUCCCGAUAACCUAGAAGCUGUGGCGGCGUCAUCUGAUGGUUUGGAGAAGCUCAAGACACUGAGCCUCUCUGUCCUGCUGGAUCUAUUCGACAAGAACAUGCCGUUGCGUGAGCAGCAACGGAUGCUCCGGACUAACAGACUCGUGUCGGAUCAGUCUGAUAAAGGGUGGUGA